AUGAAACUUGGCAGAGCGCUGCAUCUUCAAAGUAGAAGACUGGGAACAGCAUCUCUCAAAAACUACAAGGCGCGUAAUCAAUUGCUUCACAAAGGAAGUCACGUUUGUCACAGCUGGCGCGUCGAAGAAAGCAAAGUUGGUUCUGCUCCUUUUAAGUUUCAUCUUGGAAGGCGGCGAAAACUAAACGUGGUCAGCACAGCUAAAAUUGAAGGACUCGAAGCGUCUUCGAGGGCUGAUCCCAACAAUUUGAAUUCAUCAGCGCCAAAGAUGCUCGUAGUCCUGUUUUUCGUUAUUCCACUGGAAGGGCAAAAUGAGAGAAUCUACAUUAUCGUCGUGAUCAGACUGAUACAAGAACGACCAGGACUUCAGGCACAUGUACGUAUAUUUGUAUGUUUCUUAAAAAUAUGUACUAAUCUAUACGUACAUAAGUAAACUGUGGAAUUUGUCCAUUGUUGCUGUCCAUUGUUACAUACCACAGAAUGCAUUAUGUUAUAGGCAUGUCAUGUGACCACAGUGUUG